AAUCAAACUCGUACAUAACCAAGUAAUGGUCAAGUUCAAGACUGGACAAAGUACAGCAUGUCGGUGACCAAUUCAAGAACAUAGGCGACUUUAGAGAUACCGCGAGGGACAAGAGUGCCGUCGGGUAUACUGUUUGUGGACAUACAUUCUUACUGAUCCAAUGCAUUGGUUGAUAGUGUUCUGGGAACCAUCUGUUGACAGCAAGGAACAUUGAAGUCCCUUUCACAAUGGAGACGGACCUGUAUGACGAGUUUGGGAACUACAUUGGGCCAGAACUAGACUCUGAUGAGGAUGAUGAUCUGGAGGCAGAUGACAGAGAUGUGGAUGAGGCUGAUGAGGAUGAUGAGGAUGAGCCGGCUGAUGCUGAUGAAGAUGUCCCAGGAAUGGAGGUAGUUCUGCACGAGGAUAAGAAAUACUAUCCUACAGCAGAGGAAGUGUACGGGCCGGAGGUGGAAACUUUAGUCCAGGAAGAGGACGCACAGCCCCUCACAGAACCCAUCAUCAAGCCUGUAAGGAACAAGCAGUUCACUCUGAUGGAACAGGAGCUACCUUCCACUGUUUAUGACAUGGAGUUCCUGGCUGACCUAAUGGACAGUCCCGAGCUAAUCCGUAACGUCACCCUGUGUGGCCACCUACAUCACGGCAAGACGUGUUUCGUGGACUGCCUGAUUGAACAGACACACCCAGAGAUCAGGAAGCGAGACGACAUGGAUCUCCGUUACACAGAUAUCCUCUUCACUGAGCAGGAGCGAGGGGUUGGUAUCAAGAGCACCCCCGUCACAAUGGUUCUUCCAGACUCUAGAGGCAAAUCCUUCCUCUUCAACAUCAUGGACACACCAGGCCACGUCAACUUUUCGGAUGAGGUGACCUCAGGCAUCCGACUCUCCGACGGCAUCGUGCUUUUCAUUGACGCAGCAGAAGGAGUGAUGUUGAACACCGAGCGUCUGAUCAAGCACGCAGUCCAGGAGCGUCUGGCCAUCACCAUCUGCAUCAACAAGGUGGACCGCCUCAUCGUGGAGCUCAAGCUGCCCCCUACAGACGCCUACUACAAACUACGCCACAUAGUGGACGAGGUCAACGCCAUGCUCAGCACCUACUCUACAGAUGAGAACCUGGUGGUGUCUCCUCUCUUGGGGAACGUGUGUUUCGCCAGCUCUCAGUACUGCGUUUGCUUCACCCUGGGCUCCUUCGCCAAGAUCUACUCUGACACCUACGGUGACAUCAACUACACAGAGUUUGCCAAGAGGCUGUGGGGAGACAUUUACUUCAACCCCAAAACGCGCAAGUUCACCAAGAAAGCCCCCACCAGUAACUCCCAGCGUAGCUUUGUGGAGUUUGUGCUGGAGCCUCUGUACAAGAUCCUAUCCCAGGUGGUGGGUGACUGUGACACGUCUCUGCCUCGGGUGCUAGAUGAGCUGGGCAUCCACCUGGUCAAAGAGGAGCUGAAGCUCAACAUCAGACCUCUACUCAGGCUGGUCUGUAAGCGCUUCUUUGGAGAGUUCACCGGCUUCGUGGACAUGUGCGUGCAGCACAUCCCCUCACCACAGGGGGGCGCCAAGAACAAGAUAGAGCACAGCUACACUGGAGGACUGGACUCAGACCUGGGGGAGGCCAUGGCAGAAUGCGACCCUGAUGGUCCUCUGAUGUGCCACACCACUAAGAUGUACAGUACUGAGGACGGGGUGCAGUUCCAUGCGUUCGGCCGGGUGCUGAGCGGUACCAUCCAGGCGGGCCAGCCAGUCAAGGUGCUGGGCGAGAACUACACUCUGGAGGACGAGGAGGACUCGCAGAUCUGCACGGUGGGACGUCUCUGGAUCAACGUCGCCAGGUACCAGAUAGAGGUGAACCGUGUGCCUGCUGGCAACUGGGUUCUCAUUGAGGGCUGUGACCAGCCCAUCGUCAAGACAGCCACCAUCACCGAGCCCAGAGGGAACGAGGAGGCCCAGAUCUUCCGGCCGCUCAAGUUCAACACGGCGUCUGUCAUCAAGAUCGCUGUGGAGCCAGUCAACCCGUCAGAGCUGCCCAAGAUGUUGGACGGACUGCGGAAGGUCAAUAAGAGCUACCCCUCCCUCACCACCAAGGUGGAGGAGUCAGGGGAACAUGUUAUCCUGGGUACCGGGGAACUCUACCUGGACUGUGUCAUGCACGACCUGCGGAAGAUGUACUCUGAGAUCGACAUCAAGGUGGCGGACCCUGUGGUGACCUUCUGUGAGACAGUAGUGGAGACGUCGUCUCUCAAGUGCUUUGCCGAGACGCCGAACAAGAAGAAUAAGAUCACCAUGAUUGCCGAGCCUCUGGAAAAGGGCCUGGCUGAGGACAUAGAGAACGAGGUGGUGCAGAUCACAUGGAACAGGAAGAAGCUGGGAGAGUUUUUCCAGACCAAGUAUGACUGGGAUCUGCUAGCUGCCAGGUCUAUCUGGGCCUUUGGGCCCGACACCACCGGGCCUAACAUCCUGGUAGAUGACACCCUGCCUUCUGAGGUGGACAAGGCUCUGCUGGGCUCUGUUAAGGACAGCAUCGUCCAGGGCUUCCAAUGGGGCACCAGGGAGGGGCCUCUGUGUGAUGAACCGAUCAGAAACGUGAAGUUUAAGAUCCUGGAUGCGGUCAUAGCGCAGGAGCCUCUACACAGAGGAGGAGGACAGGUCAUCCCCACAGCCAGGAGAGUGGUGUACUCUGCCUUCCUCAUGGCCACCCCCAGGUUGAUGGAGCCCUAUUACUUUGUCGAGGUCCAGGCCCCAGCUGACUGUGUGUCUGCUGUGUACACAGUACUGGCCAGACGGAGAGGUCAUGUGACCCAGGACGCCCCCAUCCCCGGGUCUCCCCUCUACACAAUCAAGGCCUUCAUCCCGGCCAUCGACUCGUUUGGCUUCGAGACUGACCUGAGAACACACACACAGGGACAGGCCUUCUCCCUGUCCGUCUUCCACCACUGGCAGAUUGUCCCUGGUGACCCCCUGGACAAGAGCAUUGUGAUCAGGCCUCUGGAGCCCCAGCCUGCCCCUCACCUGGCCAGAGAGUUCAUGAUCAAGACCCGCCGGCGCAAGGGUCUGAGUGAGGAUGUGAGCAUCAGCAAGUUCUUCGACGACCCUAUGUUGUUGGAGCUGGCCAAGCAGGACGUGGUGCUCAACUACCCCAUGUGAGGUGUCAGGAGACGGGGAGACAACGACCGGGGUGCUCCCCUCGUCCACCAGCACCACAAGCAACAUCCCCACACCACAUCGUAUGGGACUCAAAACCCCACUGAGGUGGGUUGGACAUUGUCACAGAGGGAAGCAGGGUCUGCCGGUUUUGUUUCCUGCCUCCAUAUUGGCGAUUUCUGUGGACUUUGUUAACCAGGUGAGGUCACGUACCCUCAUCAUUAAGUUAAUCAAUGAAGCACUGAUAUGGAACCCGACAGACCCUGGAAUCUCCUGUUAAGACUUUGCCCACCCGUGCUCUCCUUCUAAGAGGGACUUUUCAUUCUGAUAUAACGGCAUCUACGGUUGUAGGGGUUGGCGUGAUGUGGGAUAGCAUCGUCUCUGACACCUCUCGUCAUCAGUGAGUAAUACUGCUGAGGUGUUUCCUCUCAUCAAUGUCUUCUGCUUAUUUUUUUUGACAUGUAUAAAUUCCCAAAUAUUUUGUAGAUGUAAGAUGACUUGAAAGCAGGCUUGUGUGUUUGAUGGGUUUUUAAAAUUUUUGAAAUUGGAUGUCUUGCGUCUGGUGUUGGCCUGUUUUGAGUCAAAUAAAAAAUAUGCCUGUGAAA